UGUCAACCCGGGAUUGCUACUCAGUCGGGACCUUGACAUCUUUCAACAGCAAGUCUACUUUCUCUACCUGGCUGAGCUUGACAGUCCCCGGCAUCCCCCAAACUCCCGCCCAACCCAUUCUUCUUUCACAUUCCCAUGAUAAUUAUAUGAUUUGAUUUUGCUGUUUUUGGUGCUCUUGGAUACCCUGAGUGCACUUGGGCUUGGGUACAGACUGCCCUAUCAAUCCACCCAACAACCUCACAUCUCGACGGGCUGCGCCAUCGUAUCAGAUUUGCUGAUCGCACAUAGUUGCACACUCGAAUUACACAACUUUACUCACUCACAUCCAUACCCUUUUGCCACUGGCCACAUCUAACUGAUCACUAUCAUGUCGGACUCAAAUCGUGGCCGUGGUCGAGGCCGCGGUGACGGAGGUUCCCGAGGAGAUCGUGGCGGCAGUCGUGGCCGAGGAGGUGGUGACCGUGGAGGUGACCGCGGCCGAGGAGGUAGCUUCCGUGGCGACCGGGGCGGCGGUGAUCGCGGAGGUGACCGUGGCCGGGGAGGUGGCUUCCGUGGCGACCGAGGCGGCGGUGAUCGUGGAGGUGACCGUGGCCGAGGUGGCUUUCGUGGUGAUCGAGGCGGCCGAGGUGGUGGCGGAUUCCGCGGCGGCCGAGGCGGGUAUCAGGACUCUGGCCCGUCGAUCUACAAACCAGCGGGUGGUGUCCCAGCACCAGACAAAUCAAUCACAGCACUGGAAGACAAGUGGGCUGAGAACGCGGCUAAUAUCAGCGUUACUGAGCUCACUGAGCGAGCGGGAAAACUGGGCAUCACCUCGUCGACACUCGACACUACACAAGUCACGGCCAUUCUACCGCAGCGGCCCGCCUACGGCACGACUGGCACACCGGUGAUUCUUUGGGCGAAUUAUUUCAGCAUGAACGUCAAGUCGCAAACACUUUUUAAAUACGCUUUGAAGGUCAAAAGAUCGGGAUCUGAUGAAGAUGUUGUCGGCAAGUUGCUGCGAACUAUUGUCCGCAAGGCCUUGGAUCAAGUUGCCGUUCAGAAUCCGAAAAACAAAAUCGUGUCCGAGUUCAAAGCCAAGGUCGUUUCGCAGGGAAAGCUCAUCCUCCCGCCCGGCGGCGGUCCUGUCUUGGUGGAACACACGGGCAGAAAACGAGCCGAGGAAUACCAAGUUACUUUCAGCCCACCAGAGGACAUCGACGUCGCCAAGCUCGUUGAGUGGCUGAGGACCAUGAACGACCGCCUGGACGAUAUCGUACCGACUUUCCCCAAGUUCGCGUCCACCAUCGAUGCCAUCGGUAUUAUCAUGGGCCAUUACGCCCGCACCUCACCCGGUGUAGUGCCCCUUGGAGCCUCAAGCGCGAGGUUCUUCCCUUCGGAGGCUAAUGAGCUGAGGGAAUUUGUCCAAAUGUCGGCAAUGAAGAAUCUCGUACGUGGCUACUUCUCGAGUGCUCGCCCCGCCACCGGCCGCCUCCUUUUGAACGUCAACGUCACCCAUGCGGUCUUCCAGCGCUCCGGCAACGCCAUGGAACUGAUUAAGGCGCUGCUCAACGAGUGCCGAGUUAGGGAUCUCAGGUCUCCUGCUCUCCGGGCGGCAUCACGGAAGAUCGCCAAACUGAAAAUGGAAGUGACCCUUUUCGAUUCAAAGGGAAAGAAGUGUGGAGUUUCGGAACGGUCGAUUUUGGAACUGUCUCGGACAACAGCCAGUACUACCAUGUUUAAACUCGACAAGCCUAAGGAUGCUGCCGCAGAGACAUGGGCAGACGGUUCGCCCAUCCAGUACGGCGGUAAUGUCAGCGUUGCGGAGUACUACCGCAAAAAAUUCAAACAGACGGUGGACGAUCGUCUACCUCUUAUCGUCACCGGCAGCCACAAAAGAAAGCUUUACUUCCCCUCCGACUUCUGCCGUAUUCUGCCUGACCAAUGUUCCAACGGCAAACUUUCGGCUGGCGAGGCUUCUGCUAUGAUCAAUUUUGCUUGCCGAGGUCCAGCGCGAAACGCAGAGUCGAUAGUCAAAGUUGGUGCAGAAACCCUCGGAAUUUCAGGUGCUGUCAACGAAAUUCUCAAAGCCUUCGGGAUCACUGUCGACGCCAACUUGAUCACGGUACAGGGCCGAGUGUUGACAGCUCCUACGCUUGCGUAUCUCAACAAGACAAACAAAAGCCAAACUGUUACCGUCCGAGAUGGAUCCUGGAAUCUGCGUGAUCUCAAGGUCGUUAAAGGGGGUACAGUUCCUUCCUGGGGUUGCCUGACAAUUAUUGACCCGAACGACCGGUAUGGUGAUGUCAGCUUUGAUGACGUUAAGAUAACUAUGUCGGCCUUCGUCCAGUUCUUAAACCAGAACAUGGGCAUCCGGAUCCCAGGGCUUACCAAUGCUGCCGACCAACUCAAAACCUGUCAAAUCCAGGAGGGUGACGAGUACAAAACCAUUAAGCAAGGUUUUGAACAACUCAAAGGCCUUAAACCUAUGAUGGUUUUUGUUAUCCUCCCAGAUUCGAAAGAUGCUGCCGUAUACAAUGCGGUAAAGCGUAUCGCCGAUAUCGACUUGGGUGUUCACACGGUCUGCAUGGUGCGCAAGAACCUUUUCAAGAACGGACCGGGCCAAAACCCCCAGUACUACGCCAAUGUCGGUCUCAAGGUUAACCUCAAAGCUGGUGGCAUUAAUCACAAACUGUCUCAAGAUAUCCCGGUGAGCAAGGGGGGCAAAGCCAUGUUUGUUGGCUGGGACGUAAUCCAUCCGACAAACCUGGGCGUCGAUAAAGACUCUGGAUUACCCAGUGUUGUCGGCCUCGUUUCGAGCAUCGACGAGCAUCUUGCCCAGUGGCCGGCUGUGGCUUGGGCCCAAAAAGGUGGCCAGGAAAUGGCAGACAGCCGUCUUGAAGAGCGGUUCGGCUCACGCCUGGUUCUUUGGCAAAAGCACAACCAGGGUCGACUGCCGGAGCGAAUCAUCAUAUUCCGUGACGGAGUCUCCGAAGGCCAGUUUGCGACGGUAGAGAACACGGAGCUUCCGCUUGUCCGCAAGGCCUGUGCCAAAGUCUACGGCAACAAGCCGAAACCCAAGAUCACCAUUGUGGUGUCCGUGAAGCGGCAUCAAACGCGCUUCUUCCCCACCGACGAGGCAGACAUGUCACGUUCAAUGAACAACAAGUCCGGCACCGUGGUCGACCGCGGCGUCACCGUCGCUCGGUACUGGGAUUUCUUCCUGCAGUCGCACGACGCCCUGAAGGGAACCGCCCGGCCUGCUCGGUACACCGUGAUCCACAACGAGAUCUUCCCUACCGUCAAGGGCGCCAACGCGGCCGACGAGCUCGAGAGGCUGACGCACAGUCUGUCCUUCCUUUUUGGCCGCGCCACCAAGGCCGUAUCGAUAUGCCCCCCGGCGUAUUAUGCCGACAUUGUCUGCACGCGCCACCGGGCCCACCUCGGCGAGCUCUUCGACUCGGUCAUCACGGGUGGCAGCGUGGUCAGCGGCCAGACAGGCAGCAGCGCCUCGAGCAACAACGAGCAGCAGAUCCUGGCCAGGGCUGAUGCGCUGAAUGUGCACCGCAACCUGAUCGAUAGCAUGUACUGGAUCUGAUGAACACUAGGACCUUGGAGUGGUUGAUCUCGGAAUACUCGUUUUAUACUACGUUGAUGAGAAUAAGAGUCUCUCGCGAUAAAAGGCAUGGAGUUGCGUAUAUUUUGUAGGCGAUGGUUUGGUAUUUUUUUCUUCUAUUUUUUUCGUCUUUAUUUAGUCACGAACGCGGUGAAAUUUCUAACUUACCAUGUAUGGGAUCUUAUUUGUCUAGCGUUAUAUACUAAAUUGCUUGUUUUAUGUAAUGACAUUUGUGUUAUUCCCAAAGCGAGCGGAGAGAGUAAAAAGAAACAAAAAAAGAAGAAAAAGGAAGAAAACCAUUAUUCACAGCCUGAUUUCGCCAAACUAUCACUGUAACCACUACUUCUUGAAUGGAGUAAUCGGAUGUCUUGAAAAUUCUAGGCCGAUGGGGAAGACUUGACGAC